AUGGAGGAAAGAUUGGACAGCUAUCAACAGCUAGUUGUGUCUCAACGGUAUUACUGGAAAGUCGCUAGUUGUUUAUUAAGUAGCGGAAUCAGUGACCACGUGCCCUUAGUGACCGUCCCUUCAGUGGAUGCAUAUGGCAUGAUUCCACAAGUUCCUCGCAAGUUCUACAAGACAUCUGAAAAGCUCAAAACUUUUAAACAACUCCAACCAGACAAGGCUACACCUGAACAAACAAUAGUCUACCCUGCACGCUAUGUAACCAGUGGGGCAAUGAAACUGAAAAAGACUUCCAAAAAAAUUGGGAAGUACAAAAAACAUGAGUGGAAUUCAGAACAAAAGCGCAACUGA